AACGACGUCGUUACUUAAUUCCAACACGAAAUAAGUGUAAUUGCGUAGCUUUUUCGAUUUCUCUUAUCCAAAACUCUCUCACUCAUGGCUCUUCUUCGUCUUCCUGGCAUUUCCCUCCAAAUUCUAGGUCACAAAUCAAACCACAAGAACCCUAAUCCCAAAUUCUCACUUACCAAUCACUCUCUCUCUUUCUCUACUUCUUCACUAUGUCUUCUCAAUCAUUACUCGACGUUUCCAGAUUCAAUUCCAGCAAAAUCCAGAAACUUCACCACUUACUUCUCCACCACAACACAAGAUCCAGUCCUCGAAUCUUCUUCUUCUUCAGCUACUGAAGUAGUAGAAGAAGAGAUUUCUAAAACCAGAUUGAUUGCUCAGAACGUUCCUUGGACCUCUACACCUGAAGAUAUAAGGUCAUUGUUCGAGAAAUACGGCAAUGUUAUCGACAUAGAGAUGUCUAUGCAUAAGAAGGAAAGGAAUAGAGGUUUGGUUUUCAUUGAAAUGGCUUCUCCUGAUGAAGCUGCAACAGCUCUUAAAUCUCUCGAAUCCUAUGAUUAUGAGGGUCGUCGUUUGAAGGUAGACUAUGCAAAGACCAAAAAGAAGAAGACAUAUGCGCCACGUGAGAAGCCUUCACCAGUGCCUACAUUCAAUUUAUUCGUUGCAAACUUGGCAUUUGAAGCAAGAGCCAAGCAUCUUAAGGAGUUUUUUGAUGCAGACACUGGUAAUGUUGUGUCCACUGAAGUUAUAUUUCAGGAAAAUCCAAGGAGGUCGAGUGGCUACGGGUUUGUCUCUUUCAAAACCAAGAAACAGGCCGAGGCAGCGCUUAUUGAGUUCCAAGGAAAGGAUUUCAUGGGAAGACCAAUCCGAUUAGCUAAAAGCAAACAGUUUGUGAAGUUGCAAGCAAAAGAAGGGUUGCAGCCACCGGAGGAGGAAGAGGAACCAUCUCCUUCCGAGGCAAUGACCCAAGAGGUCGAAACUCCUGCUGCAUAAAACUGAGAAGUCUGUGUUGCAGGAUUAUUACUGUGGAUGUAUUGGAAUUGAAGAAAAAGCUUAUGGAGCUUCCAGGUCUGUUUGUUUCUUCUUAGUUUUUGACCAACAAGAGGAGUGGAUACAUGCAAGUACCAACCUUGAGUAAAUGGUGGAGAAGUAAGUAAGAAGUACUAGACCGAUUUUGUUGGAACUGAGAACUAGUAGAGACCGGUAUACCAAACGUCAGUAUCAGACCAGAUCAAAUCUCAAGAAACAAACCCAUGUGGCUCUAAGAAACUUACUUUGUUAAGUUUAAACACAAUGCUUCUUUGCUUGUCAUCUAGUUUCGAUUGCUUGUUUUUGCGUUUGUUUUAUGUUUAGUGUGUAAUCUUUUUAUAUAUGAACCCUUAAUCUUGAGUAUCUUUAAAAA